AACCUUCUCCAGGUUCAACUCGGGAACCUAUAAUAAUCAGUACAUGGUGUUGGACCGCAGUAAGGUCAAGCUGGGGGUCAGCGUUGCUGAUGGAGCUCUGACCGUGGUGGAGCAGAUCCCCGGCCUGGUGGAGUACUCGGACCAGACUCCGGCUCUGCGCAGAGGUUACUGGCCGUCCUUCAACGUCCCCUUCCACGAGAAGAUCUACACGCUGAGUGGUUACGGGCGCAUGUGGGAGAAGUUCGGAGAAGACUUCUCUUAUGAUCUCUGUCCCAGAGCCAAGAUCUUCCGUAGAGACCAGUCCAACGUGAAGGACCUGGACUCUCUCAAGUUCAUCAUGAGGUUCAACGACUACAAGAAGGAUCCGUACUCUAAGGGGGACCCUUGUAAGACCAUCUGCUGUCGGGGAGACCUGAGGACAGAGAAGGCUUCUCCGUCUGGUUGCUAUGACACUAAGGUGACAGAUUUCAACAUGGCGGAGAUGUUCAGCGCCGAGGCGUUGAACGGGCCGACCACUCAGGGAGGACUUCCUCCGUUUACCUGGGUGGGGAACUUCAGCAGCAUCAGUCACCAGGGUCUGCCCCCCUCCUUCAACUUCACCUUCGUCAAGAUGUACCCCCUGCUGUUCAGACCAUAAGGGGUGUGUGUGUGUGUGUGUGUGUGUGUGUGUGUGUGUGUGUGUGUGUGUGUGUGUGUUGUGUGUGUGUGUGUGUGUGUGUGUGUGUGUGUGUGUGUGUGUGUGUGUGUGUGUGUGUGUGUGUGUGUGUGUGUGCUUCAAAUGAACAAUCUCCCCCGAUGAUUUUUUCUGUGACGUCCAAACUGAAGCUCGUUCUUCUUCCCUGAGACCAAAAAGCUGCCAACACGUUUGUGAUCAGUGUUUUAAAGUUUGUCUGUACACAUGUUUGUUUGAACUUUACGUUAAGGUUGUUUGACCACGUGUCCACAUGGCGUCUUUUCUUCAGUUUUAGUGAGUAGAGAGCGUUGGCAGCAGAACGCCGUCUGGAGAUAAAGCUCAUCGCCCAGCGUUUAUUUCGCUCUGCCUUGUUUUUGCGGUCGCUCCGAGCGCUGAAUUUGAAAAUCUUUCCACUUUUCAGAAAGGCGCUGCUGAUGGUAUGAACACGUACCGAAGCUUUUAUAAAGACUCUUCAGUCACAUUUUUAACCUGCAGUUUCUAUUCAUGAAAAAGAAGAACUGAGUGAAAUGUGUUUUAUACCUUCAGAGUUUAAUGAUUUUAUAAACUCUUUUUUAUAUUUCAAAUCUCUAAUCAGUCUGUGUGAUGAUGUCAUGGACUGUGUGAUGAUGUCAUGGUCUGUUUGAUGAUGUCAUGGUCAGUUUGAUGAUGUCAUGGUCAGUUUGAUGAUGUCAUGGUCUGUGUAAUGAUGUCAUGGUCUGUGUGAUGAUGUCAUGGUCUGUGUGAUGAUGUCAUGGUCUGUGUGAUGAUGUCAUGGACUGUGUGAAGAUGUCAUGGUCUGUGUAAUGAUGUCAUGGUCUGUGUGAUGAUGUCAUGGUCUGUGUGAUGAUGUCAUCCUCAGGUUUUAUGUGCUCCAUCAGAGUCUCUCAGGUUUGUGUUUUGAUGAUGCUGCUCAUCUCCGUCUUACUUCCUGUUGUGAUUAAAGUUUUAAAGUUUUUCAGGACUGUCCGGUCUCCGUCUGUAUUCUUGCUCUGAUGUUUCCUCUGGUGCAAACUUUCAUUCAGGUCAUCACAGCACAGUCUGAGAAUCUGUGAAUUUCUCAUUCCUCUUUCCAGUGAAGUCAGCGGUUAGCGUUGAACGACUUCCAGGCAGGAGUUCCUUUUCUGAGUGGCGUUAAUGUCUACAACUUAAACGUUCAUCUGAGUCUCAGUUCAACAAAAUAAAUUAAACCACAGCUUCACUCUCACUCUGUUUCAUAUCUUGUGAUUUUCUCACUUUAAAGGUCACAUAUUAAAUCCUCUUCCCCAUGUUCCUCUAGUCUGUCUACAUGAUGAGAGAAGUCCAUCCUCUCCGUCUUCUGCUGCUCCACUUUUCAGUAAAUGUGUUCUCUGAAAGUUCAUGUUGUUGUUUAGAAAUGUAUUUAUAUUUUUUAUCAGGCGGUCUUAAACUGAACAGGGAACUCUAAGAUGGUCAGUGACCCGGGGCGCUGGGUAGCAUAGCGGUUCUGUUGCAUGCCUCAUGUCCAGAAGUGGAUGUUUAAGUGUUUCCAUGGUAACGUGUUCAUCCAUACUGAGCUGUUUGUUUCCAGUUGAGGAAGAUUGUUUUCUUGGCGACAGUGAGCGCGAUGAGUAGUUUGUGUUUUUUUGGUCGUUGGGAGGUGUGAUUGAAAAUGUGUUACCGAGAAUGCGUAGUGAUGGGGGAGUGGAACCGGGCAGUUUAUUUGUGACUUGUGUCCAGAAUGUCUGAAUGGGGGAUGGGCAGAAGUCAUCCAAGGUUGUUAGGGGGGCUGGGCUUAAUGAACAGUUAUUGGAGCGGUAAAGUGAAACCCUGAAGUGUGAGUUCUGUGGUUAAUCUUAUACUGAAUCAGUUGGAGUUUCUGUUUGUCACUGAGAAGGUGUUGUUGCAGAUUAUAUUCCAGGUUUCAUGGUCUGUUGUUGUGGAUAAAUCUUUUGGCUGUGUGUUUAAGAGUUUGAGGUUUGUGUCUGCUCGUGGUGAUUUGUCGCUGUCGUCUUGUUUGAGGUUAAACUUCUGUGUUUGAUUGGAUUUGAAGAUAUUGGAAGUGAGAUUUAUUCUUAUAUUGUACUUUUGAGUUAAUUCUUUGAAGGGGAUGAAGGUUAAGUCUUGAAUGAUGUGGUGAAGCUGGGGGAUGUCUUGGUCCUUCCCAUCGGUGAGAUUCAGUGUUUUGUGGUUUUGAUGAACGUCUGGGUUGUUCCAUGUUGGUGUGUUCUUACAGGGUGUGGGUGUUGUGAUCAUUACUUUGUGAGUUUUCCACCACUCUGUUAGGGCUGUAGCGAUGAUAUGAUUUUGAUAAAUGGUAGGAUUGAUAUGAGUAUAUAUUUUCCUUGUUGCUGUUCUAUGUGUAGCCAUGGCCUGGAUUGUUCUGUGGGGUGUAUCCAUCUGGUUAUGAUUUGUAACAGGAAGUAGUUGGUGCAUCCAGUCGUCUGGUAUGUUUUGGUGUUUGAAGUGUUAUCUUAUAGUAUCAGUGGUGGAGGGAAUGGGUGGUGGUAGGGCUGCUCUUUACAGAGAUUGGAGUAGUGUCGGCUUAGUCCAGUUUAUUGAAUAGUUUCAGAUUUUGGAAUGUUUUUGAUUCAUUGUUUCUUGAAGUGAGGUUUGUGGAGUCUGUAGGUAAAGUAUGAUGUCGUCAGCAUAAAGAGUUAUCUUGUGUGUUAUGUUUGACUGCUGCAGCGAGUGGUUCCAUGUAGAGUAGAGAGAGAGAGUCGACAUCCUCGUCUUGUUCUCCUGUGCUGAAUCUUGAUGACAUCACACUGUUGCUCUCGGUGAGUUCUUUAGUGUUUUGACUCAGGUGAUCCUGAUUUGUUUCUGUAUUCAAAGUUCUUGUGUUUGAGUUGUUGGAUUAGAAAUUAUGUUUUUUAGGGGUAGGGUGCAAACUUUGGGAGCUGGUGUGUCAUUAGCAUCUGUUUUUUUACUGUCCUGAUUCAGUAAAGCAUGCUGACUCCUGAUUGGUCAAUACAGCUCGGCCGACAAAUGUCCUUUAAACUGAAACCAGAACACGUUACCUACUGAAAAUCCAGACCCCGAGAGAUCACACGCAGGUAGAGAUUACUCAUAAUGUAAUUCUCACUUUAAAGAUCAGAUUUUGUGAGUCAGACGGAGAUCUCACUGUCAGGAGAAACCUGAUCCAUGGAUCCAGAGCUUCAUGUCAACAUACUGUACGGUCAAAUGACCACAGCUGAAUCUAAGGUUUAAUAAAGUACAGAUCUGUGAUGUCAGGACCUCUCUGUUCUAUAAGCCUCUCUCUCUCUCUGUUUCUGUCUCGUCCUCGGGGACUCGGGUAGUGAUUCGGUCUUUCCUCUGAAAUAGAGGAACUGAAACGUCUGUUCAGCACUCUGCACUCAUUUCACAAAUCCUCCCUUUUGCAUCUCAUCCUCCGGGUCUCACCGCUCUCUGUCCUCAGAGGGUUUUUUUCAGGGUUUGUGUCAUUAACAUCGGAGGAGCGUGGCUCAGCAGCCACUUUUCAGACAUGGCCAAGAAGGACUGUCCAGUGGGUGAAAAGUGGGACCUCCUCGUCAAACACUGCAUCUCCAGCAGGACCAUAAACAGACCUAAACCUACCGAGUGGCCCACAGAGCCGCCCCUGCCUCCCGUGGUCCAGGUGAAAUCCACGUCUCCUGCCCCUCAGUUAUCCUCCAUGAUGUUCCUGAGUCCGGCUCUGUGGAUCUGUGUGGGUCUGGGGACGGUGGUGACCAUCCUGAUCGCGACUCUGUUCUUCAUUUACAGAAAACACACCAGGACGAGCAGAACCCCGGACGACUCUGAGAAGCAGCGUGAGCCGGUGGUUCUCCCCUCGCAGCCGCCCUGCAGCGCUCACCUGCACCCGGGCGCCCAAACAGGAUGGGAGUGGGAGGAGGACUUCACCACCUGUCGGUGCCCCCCAAUGCAUGCUGGGACGCGGGUGGAGAGAGGACUGGAGCACAGAGUCCCCCUCCCUGCCACGGAGCUGGGUGGGACGGUGUUAGUCACCACCAAAACUGUGUAGAUGUGUGUGUGUGUGUGUGUGUGUGUGUGUGUGUGUGUGUGUGUGUGUGUGUGUGUGUGUGUUCUUCACUGCAUGCACUCUACACUUCGUGGUUAGUUUUUCUCAUUUUGAUUCACAUUUUGGAUCUCUUUAUUCUCCACCAUAUUUUGAUGGUUUUCACAGAAGUUCUGAAGCGGACUUUUAUCCGUUUGUUUUCUUGAACUCUGUUUAGAGAACAAGCUCGUUUCCUCUCAGAUGUUAAACACAGACAUGUAUCAGGAAGUUGACUCGUGUGAGAGACUGCGCCUGGAUCAGGAGCGGUAGAGUCAUUGUGGUGACUCCACACACUGGAGGAUUGUUUGGACACAUAAUCAGUUUUGACAUACCUCAUGUAGCCAGUCUUAGUUUACUCGAGAAGGCGUGAAAAUAAAACAUGGAUGCAUGUUCACUUCAGACUUCUGAACAUUUUAGAUCAUAUUUGAAUUGUUUUUUUGCAGCCGUCUUUUUUAAGAGGUCGCUGCACUGUUUUUCAAAGGAGCAGAGAUGUGGAGUCUCCUAGUGUGUUCAGUUUCCUGUUCUUUACUGUGAAGUGUUAUUAAAAGUUUAAACUGCUCUGAA